AUGGCCCAUCCGGACACCUAUUACGAGAUGGCGAAUAGUCGCUCGCCGAAUUCACGACAACCUCAGGUGCAGACCCUUCACCGACAAACUUCCCGUCAAUUUGAUCAAUACGCCCCAGCUGCUAUGUACCCUACGGAUGAUCAUGCUGCCCGGUAUGACCCGAGUCGAUACGAUACCACCAGGGUUGGUACUCGCUCUGUGAGCUAUGGGUUCGACAAUGCUACAGCUCAGACCUGGAAUGCGCAGUCGUUUGGAUCUGUGAACAAUACAAUGGGCUCCCUUCCUGGCAGAGGCGUUAAAGGCGUUGCCAGGCAGAGGAGUGCAUUACCUACGACGUGGCUAGAUAGCACACAGCUUCCUGGGGUCAACCUUGGAAUGGGUGGAAUGCCACCACUAGGUCCUCAGCCGCUUGAGACACGAUCUGACGAUGAUGAGUUGAUUCCAACAGCUAUCGUUAUCAAGAAUAUCCCGUUUGCUGUCAAGAAGGAGCAGCUUGUCCAAUUGAUGACUGACCUUGAUCUUCCUUUGCCGUAUGCAUUCAACUACCAUUUCGAUAAUGGUGUUUUCAGAGGCCUUGCUUUUGCAAAUUUUACUACAGCAGAGGAAACAGCGGCUGUUAUAAACAUCAUGAACCACUUCGAGUUGCAAGGGCGAAAAUUAAGGGUUGAGUAUAAGAAGAUGCUUCCAUUGGCUGAACGUGAGAGGAUAGAGCGAGAGAAACGAGAGCGAAGAGGACAGCUCGAAGAGCAGCAUAGAGCCCCGGUUGGGCAACAGCAACAGCAACUCCAACACCAAUCUUCUAUGCAAAAUCUCAUGCCUAGUCUUUCCCCUCGACCAUCUUCGUCUUCCGCGCAAACGCCUAAGCAAGAAAUCGAUUUGAACAACCCUCAAACUCUUCAAUUUUACUCCCAACUACUAUUAUUCCGCGACGAUCAUACUCGAGAAGCUCUCAUUUUCCCGCCCACGCUAUCUCCUUCCCAGCGAAGGAUAGUUCAUACUCUUGCUCAUCACAUGUCGCUCGCGCACAUCUCGAGAGGGGCUGGGGAAACGAGACAAGUCCAAGUAUAUCGUCAUAACCCGUCGUCCGUUCAGAACAUAUCGCCUCCUAGCAUUGCUACAGUUAUACCUGUAGAAACUCAGCAGAGAAGAACGCUAGCGAGGGCUACAACGAUGGAUUUUAGUGAGACCAGGAGUGCAGAUGGUGGAGUUGGGAUAUACUCCACCAUUGGCAGACAGGGUGGGUUACUCGAUGUCCCAAACUCUCCUUCCGGAAAGGAUGCUCAAAGUAGAAACAAUCUUCGAGCAGCCAAAUCAUUUGCCGAUCUAAGAUCGUAUACCCCAUCUCCGGUACCUACGUCCGCGAGCUUUCCGAUCCAUCUGGGCCAGAACGCCUUGAAGUACCAGCAACAACAACAAGCACAAGAAUACACGAACGGGUCGUCGACAACACCUAGCCUAACACCAACAGGAUCGAAUAGCAUCAAUAGCAUCAAUGAAUCUCUGUUAGUAAACGGUUUGGCUGGCGUAUCCUUAGGGGGCGGCCUUGGCAUUGGCAGCGGGAGCUUACGUGGGGAUCCCCGUGACGCCCGCGGACUCCUUGGAUCUGACGGCGGAAUGCACGGGGCUAUUGGCGGGCUCUCACCUUCGCAGACAACAUCAACACGAAAUUUCAGUAUGGCAACUUAUGACGACCAGCGAGACCGAGGGUCCCAGAUCCUUCCAUCAAGACAGCCACGAGGUCCCGAUUCCGAGAGGAGUGUAGGAUUCGGUAGAGGAAGCGUCCGACAGCCGAAUAUGCAGGGUAGGCAGAACAUUGCGGAUCUUGAUGGUCAGCAACAACAAUCAGUCGAAAUUACGGUGGAAUAA